GUGGCUGCUGGUGCUGCCGCCGUCGCCUCCGGCGGGUCCUGCUACUGCUGCAGAGCCGCUCCCGUCUCGCCGGGGGGGAUCAGCGCGCCGGGGGCUGCGGUGCGGCAGGGCGACGGCGGAGGAGCCCCCGCCGGCUCCUGCCUUGAGCGUGGCGCCCUCCCGAGCAGAUCCCCGCCCCGCCUCCGAGAGAAAGGACAUGAGGACGAGAGCCCCCUCCAAGACAGUGUGACAAUGAGUGCGGGCUCUAUUGAGCAGGAACCGGCACGCAAACUGGCCUGCUGUGGAGUGCCUCUCAUCACGGAGGACAUGCAGUCACUGGCCAUCCGCACGCUGUCUGGCACGGACAUCAACAAACACUAUGACCUCAUCCGUGAGCUGGGAAAGGGGACUUACGGCAAGGUGGACCUCGUCUCCCACAAGAGCACAGGCACCAAGAUGGCACUGAAGUUUGUCAACAAGAACAAGACCAAGCUGAAGAACUUCCUGAGGGAGUUCAGCAUCACCAAUACGCUCUCCUCGAGCCCCUUUAUCAUCAAGGUCUUUGAUGUGGUGUUUGAGACUGAAGACUGUUAUGUGUUCGCCCAGGAAUAUGCGCCAGGCGGGGACCUCUUUGACAUCAUCCCGCCACAGGUAGGUCUUCCAGAGGACAUGGUGAAGCGCUGCGUGCAACAGCUGGGUCUGGCGUUGGAUUACAUGCACAGCAAAAAUUUAGUGCACCGGGACAUCAAGCCAGAGAACGUGCUCCUCUUUGACCGUGACUGCCGGCGCGUCAAGCUGGCUGACUUUGGAAUGACGCGCAAGGUGGGGUGCCGGGUGAAGCGCAUCAGCGGGACCAUCCCGUACACGGCGCCCGAGGUCUGCCAGGCUGGCCGGGCCGAGGGCUUUACCGUGGACACCAGUAUUGACGUUUGGGCUUUUGGGGUCCUCAUCUUCUGCGUGCUGACGGGCAACUUCCCCUGGGAGGCGGCCUCGGCUUCGGACACCUUCUUUGAGGAGUUUGUCAGGUGGCAAAAGGGGCGCCUGGCGGGGCUGCCCUCCCAGUGGCGCCGUUUCACAGACAACGCACUGCGCAUGUUCCAGCGCUUGCUGGCACUUGACCCUGAAAAGCGCUGCCCUGUCAAAGAGGUCUUCUUCUUCAUCAAGUAUGACCUGAUGUCGGAGGUGCGCCGCCGGCCCUCCUACCGCUCCCGCAAGCACACCGGAGACAAACUCUCUGCUGGCCCUCACCGCCACGAGACGCCCAGCGCCUGCACCCCGACCCCACUCAAGAGGACCAUCCUGACAGAAGGCAGCAUCUCUCGGCACUCCGCCUCAGAAUCCGGCCUCCCUUCCCCGGUGGGAGGCAACAGAACUGACGGGCGGCCGGACAAAGGCAAGGGCCAGAUGGUCCUGGCCACAGCCAUCGAGAUCUGCGUCUGAUCAGAGGACGGCAGGCCCCUCAGUGCCUCCCAGCCUGCAGUUCAGAUGUCAGCACGGCAAUGUCCUCUCCUGCUCUGGGACAGGCCACGUGCGAAACAAAAAGAAAUCCUUUUUAUCCCCCAAAAGGAACGGGAUCCAUGUCUUUUGAAGCAA